CGAAGUCUCAGCCAUAGCCUGUUAGUUUCUGCACUUACUGUCUUCACCUUCUUCAGCUCGCCAUGGAAUCCCAACCUCAUGUCGCUCUUGUUUCUAGCCCUGGAAUGGGCCAUCUCUUCCCCUCUCUGGAGCUCGCCACGCGCCUCUCCAUGCGCCACCACCUCUCCGUCACCGUUUUCAUCGUCCCUUCCCGCUCCUCCUCCGUCGAAAACAAAGUCAUCGCCGCCGCUCAAGCUGCCGGUCUCUUCACUGUCAUUGAACUUCCUCCCGCUGACAUGUCCGACGUCACUGACUCCACUGUCGUCGGUCGCCUCUGCAUCACCAUGCGUCGCCACGUCCCGGCUCUCCGCUCCGCCGUCUCCGCUCUUACCACUCUCCCCUCCGUCCUCAUCGCCGACAUCUUCGCCACCGAGUCGUUCGCUGUCGCCGACGAGUUCCACAUGGCCAAAUACGUCUUCGUCGCCUCUAACGCAUGGUUCUUAGCCUUAACCAUCUGCCUCCCGGUUCUCGAUAAGCAAAUCACCGGUCAGUACGUGGACCAGAAUGAACCGCUCCAUAUCCCUGGAUGCGAACCGGUUCGACCUUGCGACGUUAUCGACCCGCUUUUGGACCGGACCGAAUCACAGUAUUUCGAAUACGUCAAAAUCGGGAUGGAGAUACCAUCGAGCGACGGCGUUUUGGUUAACACGUGGGAUGAUUUGCAAGGUCGCACGCUUGCAUCUUUCAGAGAUCGGAAUUUGUUGGGCCGUAUUAUGAAGUCGCCGGUUUAUUCUAUUGGACCGAUCGUACGGCAGACCGGUGGGAAGAAAGGCGGUUCGAGUGAGCUGUUCAAUUGGCUGAGUAAGCAACCCGGUGAGUCAGUUAUAUACGUGUCGUUUGGGAGUGGUGGAACGCUGUCGUCUGAGCAAAUGACGGAAGUGGCUCACGGAUUGGAAAUGAGCGGGCAGAGAUUCGUUUGGGUGGUACGCGCCCCAAAGGUAAGAUCGGACGCGACGUUUUUCACGACCGGCGACGGGAGUGAGGACCAAUCAGAGGCGAAGUUUCUGCCAGAUGGGUUUUUGGAGCGGACGUCGGAGGUGGGGUUUGUGGUGUCGAUGUGGGCGGAUCAGACGGCGGUGUUGGGGAGUCCGGCGGUGGGGGGUUUUUUCACGCACGGCGGAUGGAACUCAGCGUUGGAAGGGAUUACGAACGGAGUUCCAAUGGUUGUGUGGCCGUUAUAUGCGGAGCAGCGGAUGAACGCCACGAUGCUGGCGGAAGAGGUGCGGGUGGCCGUCCGACCAAAGGAGCUGCCGACGAAGGCGGUGAUCGGAAGGGAGGAGAUUGCAGCGAUGGUGAGGAAGAUAAUGGCGGAGGAGGAUGAAGAAGGGAAAGCCAUUAGAGCAAAGGCUAAGGAACUUCAACGGAGUGCGGAGAAGUCCACGGCGGAAGGUGGGUCGUCGUUCGAGAACUUCGCUCGAGUGGUGAAGUCAUGGCGUGAAGCACGAGUUUGAAUUUCACUUUAUUCAACUAAAUUUGUAUUUAGUAAUAUUAGAAUUAUAUUAUAAGAUAUCCCAAUAAUUAUCACUUUUAUUUUAA